AUGACAGAGUACAAUGAUAUGUCCCUCACUGAUUUCAUUGCCCGCUACACGCAAAUCAUGGCGUACGAUGAUUAUCCAGAUCUUGACCAAGCUCUUGUCAACUUUGCCCUUGCUGGCAUUGAUGACACACCGGAAUCUCGUUUCCGUAUCAACAUGGUCGAAAACUACUGCCUUCGUGCUAACAGUGGAAUUCCAAACAUCACCCGCGACUACGAUUCUUUUAUUGGCUUCACCGACCGCAUUCCAAUCAAACGUGAUCUUUACUUGUAUCCACUUCCUCCGCACCAUAUCUCAACUAUCGCGCAAUCGAUGCAUCUCAAAGUCCCGUUUCAUACAUCAACGGUGUGUUUCUCUUGCUCACUCCUGCUCACGGGCUGCCUGGUAGCCCACCGCAUGUACACGAGCCGCCUGGGAAUUCAAAACUUGGAUCCAGCUAAUGUUCCAAACAUCCUGCUUGGCAAAACAACCGUCAAACUGACAAGUGAGGAAGCAGAAAUGUUGUAUAAUGAAAUUCUGCAGCCUACGGUGGCCACAAUCGCACCAGCACUCGCUAAAGAUUGGCCAACAUCGCUAGAAGCAGAGCGUUUCCGUGCCAAAACCUCAAGAUCUGCGUAUCAAAACACCCCAUACAUUCUCAAUGUUGACCUCAUUGGACAAUUCAAGCAUGAGUUGAAUCGCCGAUUACAAGCACACACAUCGUUCAAAAAUCCGGUCUUUUGCACUCACAUUCAAGGAAUUAAAGGCUCCACCAUGCACGACAUGUCUGCGCUUGCCGCCGACUUGGCACUCACCAAAAUGCUGGAAGACUUUGACGUUAGCCGAGGAUUGUGGUGGGUAGAUGUUGGUAUUGAACUUCAGGACGGCGGUCGUGUGAUUUUAUGGCGAGCAGAUGCGGCCCCAAAUCUGCUCUCCUAUGUCUUGGGCACUACACUUGAUGAGGCGGGCAGGGUGGUCCGCAGUGGGCAGUUUCAAGCGGAUAUCAACUCACAUCUAUUGGAGGUUGCUGGAUUUCGCGUCGGAUUCCCUACACCUGCUGGCGAAAACAGAAUCACCUAUGUUCAGGCUUAUACCACCGACAAAAGCUUGACCUAUCACAAGCAAGGCUUUCAGCAUUCACAGAAUCUCAUGGGACUAGCUGCGAUGAAAGGGCAUCCGCCGCAAUACUGCACUGAUCUCAUCGCAGCAUACACGGAUGCGAGACAGAAGAAUGUGGCCGCACGGUUAGAGGUCCGGCUCCCACUUCAAUUUGCCCCUGACUUUAUGCUGGAGUUCGACAAUGAUGUGCUUCGCCCCAGCAUAAUCAGUCUUCACAGAGAAAACUUUUGGAACUGGCGCAUUGUUCGAAUGGAUGCCUUCUCACGACUUCUUUCCGUAAUGAAUGAUCAAAGCGCGGAGCAAAUUGUGACCCCGCCUGUUCUGAGCACUUAUGCCGCUGUGGUAUGGAUGGUGAACGGCAUUCACAGCCGUCCAAAUCCCCAAUCACUUGGCCAAGAGUGCAGAAAGGUCGCAUUGCCAUACUUUGAAGACCAUUAUGCCAGUGACUUGCUUGCCGCCGGUUUCAACGAGGCCGAACUCAAUACACUCGCUGAAGAAAAUGUGAACCGUCCAUUUUCUCCCUACAAUGUCCUAUUCAUGCGACGCAUCCUCUUUCCGCCUGCAACCAACACCGUGCGACUACCAAUGGACCGCCUCCUUCUCAAGAAGUAUCAUAUACAUAUGUUUGGCAAGUCGCUGCCUGAUCUACGCCUUCAGUUCAAGGCUACCGGGGUUAUCAGACAUAGAGACUUACACGCGCGACGGCUUCCCAUGAACAAGGGCCUUAGUCGAGCACGUAUAGGACCCACUCCGCCGACCGCGUUUUUCGUAGGCUUGACCGAGAUACAGGAAGAACCUGUUCUCGACGUAGGUCCCAACGUCCCCGUGCUGCAACAGAUCUUCGACGACGAGGAUGAAUCGGAGAGAACCGUUCAGCAAAGGGUGGCAGACAUUUGGGCGCAGUUCCCUUGCUGCAUCCUUCAGAAAGUUGGCAAUCCGAAGUGGAGAGGGGCGCUUCCGAGCUACUGCAGAAUCCCUCAGCAUGCCAGGCAGAGCGUUACGAUCGACAUCAUGAAGGACACAAACCUCGCAAAGGUCUUCGCGCGCGCUCAAGUCUCUCAUGUGACCAUUCCACGAUGGCGUAAGGCCUUUGAGGCCUGCUUCCCACCGAAAGGCCACAUUACGCCCAAGUCCGUCCAAGCUUGGACCCACAUGCGUUACUAUAUGGAUUGGAAGGCACUGAUGGGAUCUCUAAACGCCAAUGACGCCGAUAAAGUGCGGGAAGCACUCUGGGAAGAGUUCAAAAACCUUGCAUGGUUGCCUGCCGCAACCAGUGAACAACCAUGGCGCACAGACAGGGCGCCAUCGUGUAUUCAGUUGCCACCGCUCGAAGAGAUAAGCCCAUUCGCAGAGCCCAAUAUCCCCGGACCGCAGAUUAUAUGGAGUCCAUUUCAAGACCCCAACAUAUUUUGGGACCCCUCAGUCCCACUUGCAAUCGCGCCCCCAGCUGGAGGUGCAUUGCGAGUCAAUGGGGUAGUGCCGGCGUUGCCAGUUGCUGAAGAGGAAGAAGAGUCCUCUGGCGACGAAGCAGAGGCUGGUUCAUUCUACGGGCUCCCUGGUGGCCCGCAGGGAGGGAGAGAGAAUCGUCAAGAGAACACCCCAGAGGCUCGCGAGCCAAUGAUUCGGGCACUCAAUCGCCCGAGCCCGCAGAGGCAGCAAAGCAGGGUGUCGGACUUUGCUCUGCCUGACGUCUACGUGCAUUCACGAAAUGGCAUGCCUGCAGCAAUGGAGGUAAGUCGUGCAAGUGGCAGCAGUAGCACGCGUGAUCGAGCGAGUGUCGGACCCAAACGCAGCCUGCUAGCAGGCACUCCCCAGUUGUUGGGGCGUAGAUCUCGAAGGGAGGAGGAGGAGGAGGAGGAGGAGGAGGAAUCACAAAUGGACGGCAGUGUCGAGCCUGAGCCAAAGAGAGCGAGAAUAGACCAGGAUGACGACAGCGAUGACAGCGACAUUGAGAGGAAGAUGAAGACGAAGACGAAGGAUGAAGACAAGGAAGACGAAGACGAGGAAGAGGAAGAAGAGGAAGACAAGGAAGACGAAGACGAGGAAGAGGAAGAGGUGGUUUGA